AUGAUAAAUACAGAGAAAUCAUCAAAGCAAAUGAUUUUUAAAUUUCAUAAUAAGGUACGAAAAGAUGUACUGAAAGGUGUUUUAUCGGAUCAACCUAAAGCGAAAAACAUGCCUAAACUUAAAUGGAAUGAACUAUUAGCUGAAAAAGCUAAAGAUCAUGUUAAAAAAUGUAUAUUGGAUAGUGGAAAUCUUGGAGAUUUAUACGUUGGUAAAUUUGAUUCUGUUGGACAAACUGUAGCUGAACAUACAACAAUAGAAAAUAUACUGAAUACUUGGUUGGAAGAAAAAAAUGAUUAUAAUUUCGACAAGAAUACAUGUGAAGAAGAAUGUGGAAAUUAUAAACAAAUAGUAUGGGCAAACACUACAGAUAUUGGCUGUGCUUCAAAUAAAUGUGGUAACAGGUAUAUGGUUGUAUGUAAUUACGCUCCAGGGGCUGAUGAUGAAAGGCCAUAUGAAAAGGACUCAUAA